GGUUCGAAGUGCGGCAGUUGAGCGAGGCGUGUCGCAGCUGCCAGUCCACCCCAGGGUAGUGUGCUCACACGCGGUCUGUAGUGAAGUAAGGGUUUUCUAGACUGUUCGUCUAUAGGCCCUGAAGACUGUUCACUCGCCCCUGACCCCAAACUACAUCAGUGUUGAUCGUUAAUUCUCUGUGAUAUUUAUUGUGAUGGCUUCGGUAGCGGAGGAGUGCCAGGUCGCCGACCCGGGCGCCACCUUUGUCGUCACGACAGAUGCUGUCGUGGUAGACAAUGUCGUCGUGUCCGACAGCGUGGUAGUGUCCAUCAAGACAGAUGGUGCCGACGGGGCGCCGACGGGCGGGCGACAGGGGCGCCUGACGGUGCAGGUGUCACUCCCGCCGGAGCUGGCCGCCAAGCUGGGGCGGCAGGACUCGUGCGAGAGUGUCGGCAGCAUGGAGGAGGAGGGCAUCCAGGCGGACUCCGCCCCUGAGGGCCUCGAGCCUGAGGGCCAGGAGCCGCAGGACGGGUCCGAGCUCGAGCCCCGCUCGGAGAGGUCGUCGAGCGUCGUGUCCGACGGCAGCGAGGAAGGCGGUCGGGACUCCGGCAUCGAGGCCGAGCGGGAGCCCGACAUGGUGGUCCCCGACGAAGAUCUCAUGACCCGCAUCGUCGCCCAGGUGGAGUUCUACUUCAGCGACGCCAACGUCGCCAAGGACAAGUUCCUGCUCAAGCACAUCCGUCGCAACAAGGAGGGCUACGUGUCCCUCAAGCUGGUGUCGUCCUUCAAGAAGGUGAAGCAGCUGACGAAGGACUGGAGGGUGGUGGCCCACGCCCUCAACCGCUGCUCCUCCAAGAUCCAGAUCAACGACGUGGGCACCAAGAUCCGUCGCGUGGAGCCGCUGCCGGACCUGGAGGAGGUCCCGGUGACCUGCGCCGUCCUGGUCCUCGGGCUCCAGCUGGAGAAGCCCAGCAUACAGUCGGUCUCCGAGCUGUUCUCCUCCUGCGGGGAGAUCGCCUUCAUCAGGGUGGUGCGCGCCGGCAGCGCCCUCCCGCAGGAUCUCAAGGGCCUCACCGCCAAGCACCCGGCGCUCACGGACACCAACUGCGCCUGGGUGGAGUUCGAGGUGCCCGAGGCCGCCAAGGCCGCCACGGAGAUGUCCAACGAGGACGGGAUGAAGGUGGUGCCCAUCCUCCCCGAGGCUCAGAAGAAGCAGGAGAAGAUCCAGCAGCAGAAGACCUCGCAGCCCAACAGUCGCAAGAACAGCGUCAUAAGCAACCAGCAGCAGAAGGGUCCCGCCAGCCGCAAGAACAGCACCGCGGGCAAGACCCGCAAGGACAGCACCACCUCCGACAGCGACUGCGGCUACCAGCGGUACCCGCGCCGCAAGUGUCUCUCACUGCCGCAGACGCAGUCUCCUAACCUGAAGGAACUCUCCGCCGUGGUCGAGGCCCGCAGGAAUCGCCCCAAGAGCAAGUCCUGCACGGAGUUCCAGCUGGGGUCGCCGCCCUCGUCGUCCUCCUGGGUGCAGAGGCACCUCUUGGCCGCCGCUGCGGCGUCCGCAGCCUCGGCCGCGUCUCCUGUGGUGGGCUCUCGGCCCCCGGUCACCCGGCCUAACAGGGUCUCACAGGGAUCUCUCUUCCUCCCCGACGGCGUCGUCCGGUUCCCCAAAGGUCCCGACGGCUCUAAAGGCUUCAGCGCUGAGGCCCGACGACGCAUCAGCACUACACAGGACAACAACAGCAGCUAAUGGGCGUGGUGCAGGUGUUUCUGACACCCCCCAUUAUGUAGGGAGAUCUCCCCCUACCCCCUAGUGUGGCUAGGACAGGUGUGGGGCGCUCAUAUCCCCCUGUCACCACACAAACUCUCACAGGUGUACGUAAUCCGCACCAUCUCACCCACUUCCCGGCGGAUACGGACACUCCAAGCCUUGACCGGACAGUGUACUCUCCCCAGGUGGGGGGCUCCUGCCUGCUUUCUCUCUUAACGUGCCUAUAGUCUCCUCGAAGUGCACUGGAAGCCGCUUGCGGCCGAGGUCGACCUGCUAAGCUCCUCUAGGAUCACUUCGUCGCUGUACUCUGUUAUUUAGCAAGGCUUGUUUUGUGCAUAUUGUACAGGUGUUGGGACCCGGUGUUGGUCAACUACUCUUACACAAUAACUUAUUUUUAUCAUAUUCAGAUUUAGUUUUGUAUAUAUGCUACUAUUUAUACCAAUCUAUGUACAUAUUGCCUAUAAUAUUAUUUAUUUAUACUACUAUUCUUAAGAUGAAAUAGAAACAUUUUUUUGUAAAA